UCCCCUUCCUUGUUCCGCAGGGGAAGCUGCUGAUGUAUGCUAAAGCGAAGGAGGUGACAUGAUGCGCUCCGUGCCAGCCGCUGCUGUUACUAUCCUGCUAGCCUGGAUUUACCCCAGCUGUGGGCUGUACUUCCACAUCGGAGAGACAGAGAAAAAAUGCUUCAUUGAGGAAAUUCCCGACGAGACCAUGGUCAUCGGAAAAUACCGGACCCAGCUUUGGGACAAACAGACCGGUUCCUUCCUCCCCUCCACUCCUGGCCUCGGGAUGCACGUCGAGAUCAAGGAUCCAGACACGAAGAUCAUCCUGUCCCGUCAGUACGGCUCCGAGGGCCGCUUCACGUUCACCUCCCACACGCCUGGAGAGCAUCAGAUCUGCCUGCACUCCAACUCCACCAAGAUGGCUCUGUUCGCUGGAGGGAAGCUGAGAGUCCAUUUGGAGAUCCAGGUCGGAGAACACACCAACAACUACCCUGAGAUCGCAGCGAAAGACAAGCUGACCGAGCUGCAGCUGCGAGUGCGACAGCUGCUGGACCAGGUGGAGCAGAUCCAGAAGGAGCAGAGCUACCAACGGUACCGGGAGGAGAGGUUCCGCAUGACGAGCGAGAGCACCAACCAGCGCGUCCUCUGGUGGUCCAUCGCUCAGACCUUCAUCCUCAUCGUCACCGGGAUCUGGCAGAUGAGGCACCUGAAAAGCUUCUUUGAAGCCAAAAAACUGGUUUAGCGCGUUCCGGGAGACGAGAGAAACACGGUGGACUAAAAGGAGGAGCAGAACCCGGUCGGCAGCCGUAUCUGGUACCAGUUGACCCACACGCCAGUCCUGGGAAGCUUUUAGGUUUUACUUCUUAGCGUUUUCGGUUUUCUGCAGAAGCGCCGCAUUCCAGCUACAUUUCUACUCAUGUUUAGGUUUUUUCUAAAAAAAUAUUUGGACCACACUGGACAUUUUUUUGUUGUUCUUUUUGUGGGUUUUUACACUAAAGGAUUUCUGUGAAAGGCGUAGAAUGUUAAAACUGUUGCAUGAAAAUAACUUAACAAGUUUGGUUGUUUAGUUUGUUUUGUUGCUGUUUCGUAACAGCCUUCAGUUGUGUUCAACCUGAUUUCCAACGUGUCCAAAUAUUAUCCUGAUACAUGAACAGUUGGUUUGCAAUUUCAGGACAUUUUCAUCUCUGUCCUCAAUAUUUCUUUAAGAUAGGAGACGUCAGAGCUUGACCUGUUGAAUUUGGUUUCCUGACAUGGAACUUUUCUAAAGCCCGUUUGAGGUAAUCAGUCCACCUUAAACAUCCUGCUGACAUCGGGGGUCAUGUGAGCUUUCAGAACACAGAGCUGAGAUUGUGGAACCAAAGGGGCGUGGUCUGUAGCUGUGUUCAUGGAUCUGUGUCCAAUAUAAGACGUAUGGAACCUUUUCCAUCUGGCUUGGCGUCAUGGAGGCUGUCUGAAGGUAUUGUCCGUACAGGUCACAGUGGUUAUUGGGUGAAAGGAGCUAGGUUAGGUUAGGUUAAACUUUAUUAGUCCCAUAGGGAAAUUGAGUUUUUUUUAAACUGUAAACAAAAAAGGUAAAAUGAUUAAAUUGGUUUAAAACUAACAAAAACAUGCUGUAACCAAUUAAAGUCCUACCUACAAGAAUAUUGACUUUAGCUGCAGCCUGUCAUUACGUACGUCAAAAUGCAUUUUGAUUCCUCUCAAUUUUGCUUGAAUUUAAACACCAAUCAGUCACAACAUUGUGACCAAAAGCUCAAAUAAUCCGUCCAAAAACAGCUUUUAGCUGUUCAGGUUUUGAUUAGGACCAUCUGGAGGUUUCCCGGGGUGUUUCAUCCUGGAAUGUCGGCAACACGUCCUUCGUGUCUCUGCAGAGGCCAUAAAGGCUGCAUGUCCAUCUCAGACUUUAGGUGCUUUUCAAAAGAAUUGUCAGAUGAAGCCAUACACCAGGAUGUGCAGUAACUGAUUAAAGGGACAGAAUUCUCCAGUGAUUGGACUAGACCAUAUAAGUGUACUUGAAUUUUAGAACGUUAGAGCAAGCCCUUCUUUCUCUCUUUUGGAAUUUCUUUAUCCUGGAUCUCACGCAUGAUGUGAACAUUUAUCAGCUUGUCGACACAUUUAGAGGCAGGAAGUAUUUAAUAUAGUGAUCUAGGUAAAAGUUUUUUAUAACACUUUCUAUUUCUUGAUUAAAAUUAGAUUUAAAAAAAAUUUCAUAAAGUAAUUGUAAACGUUUUAGCCGAUGUGUUUCACUCAUUCCACAACACACGAGUUUGUGAUUGUUGGUUCAGGUGUUGAAUGUUUUUUGGUGGUUGUGCAGUUUGGCUUUUUCUUUUUUUUACUAAAUUUAGAGUAUUUUGAGCUUAAACUGUUCAGUCACCAUCAGUGGGGGGUUUUCUGCUAUAGAUUGAAUGUUUGACCCACCAGUCCAGGUUUCUCUGCUGUAUUUUCAUCAUUCCAGUGGCUGAUGCAAAGUGGGGUCAAAAUUUUCUUUCCAGGAAAUAAUUUUUAAAAAAUCCCACCAAGUAGGGUAGGGAUAUUAUUGACAUUAUUUAUGAUAUUAUAUAUGUAUACAUACAUACAUUUUCUUACCCUUUUAACACCAU